AUGGUGGAGGUCUCGCGGGGGGUUGGCUUCAAGGCCGCCCUCUACGGCGCCUCGGCUCGCGCGGGAUGCGACCCGCGGGCCGUCUGCAAACUGGCGGCGCAGGCGUUGAAGAGGCGCCGGGACUUGGAGCAGGCGCUGAGGCAGUGCGGCCUGGAUUGUGGCGGCCUGCUGCUUGUCAUGGAAUGGUUCAUCACCUUCGGUCCAUGGCUUUGCUUGAGACCGCUUCCACUACCGCCACUACCCCCGAGCCUACGAUCUUCUGCUGGGCCGCGGCUUGAAAGGCGGGGGCCUCCUGUCGCGCCAGCUCCGUGA